CUGGCGCCCACCCAGCCCGAGGGGAGCCCCCAGGAUGCGGCUGAAGCCCGGAGCGCUCCUGCGCUUCUACAGCCUCUGCGGGAUCCUCGUACAAGUGGCUGCUACAAAGAGCAAAGCUAGAGGCAGCCAAGGGCAGUUUCCACUUACACAGAACGUCACGGUUGUUGAAGGGGGUACAGCAAAUUUGACCUGCAGGGUCGAUCAAAAUGAUAACACCUCCCUCCAGUGGUCAAAUCCAGCGCAACAGACACUGUACUUCGAUGACAAGAAAGCUCUGAGGGACAACAGAAUUGAGCUGGUCCGAGCUUCAUGGCAUGAGCUGAGUAUCAGUGUCAGUGAUGUGUCUCUGUCGGAUGAAGGGCAGUACACCUGCUCUUUAUUUACUAUGCCUGUCAAAACUUCCAAGGCUUUUCUCACCGUUCUUGGUGUUCCUGAGAAGCCACAAAUCACUGGAUUUACCUCACCAGUUAUGGAGGGAGAGAGGAUGCAGCUUACUUGCAAGACAUCUGGGAGUAAACCAGCAGCUGACAUCAGAUGGUUCAAGAAUGACAAAGAAGUUAAAGAUGUUAAAUAUUUAAAAGAAGAAGAUGCAAAUCGGAAAACAUUCACAGUCAGCAGCACGCUGGAUUUCCUAGCAGAUCGCAGUGAUGACGGUGCAGUUUUAAGCUGCAGAGUAGAUCACGAGUCCCUAAACUCCACACCUCAGAUAGCAAUGCAGGUUCUAGAAAUACACUAUACACCUUUAGUUAAAAUCAUUUCUUCCAAUUCAUGGCCUGAAGAAGGACAAUCUAUAAUUUUGACUUGUGAAUCCAAAGGAAAACCAGUGCCAGAACCAGUACUGUGGACAAAGGACGGUGGAGAGCUACCAGACCCAGAGCGAAUGGUUGUCAAUGGCAGGGUCUUAAGCAUCAGUUUCCUAAACAAAACAGACAAUGGCACGUACCGAUGUGAAGCAAAAAAUCCUAUUGGCCGAAACAGCACAGAAUACGUCCUGAUAGUACAUGAUCCAAAUGCUUUGGCUGGACAGACCGGACCUGACCAUGCUCUUAUAGGAGGAAUAGUGGCUGUAGUUGUCUUUGUAACACUAUGUUCUAUAAUUCUCCUUGGUCGAUACCUGGCAAGACAUAAAGGAACAUAUUUAACAAAUGAAGCAAAAGGAGCUGAAGAUGCACCUGAUGCCGACACAGCCAUUAUCAAUGCAGAAGGCAGCCAAGUCAAUGCAGAGGAGAAAAAAGAGUAUUUCAUUUAGAUGCAGAGCUAGAAUCUUGAAGUUUUACUUAUCAGGCUGACUGCUGGAGGAAACUGGCUAUCAUUUCUCAGAAUUCAUUUCUGCCAUCUUCUGCUAUCUUUAUUAACUCACAUACCUGCUAUAAGCAGCCAGUUUAUGCCAACAAUCAGCUGUUGACAUCAUCGUUCUAUAAUUACAGUAUCAUGCGUAAAGCAGGACAUUUCUUAUUGCCUAAAAUUCAUAUCCACUGCUCUCUUAACAUACAGUGCUUGAAUAUACAGCCUUAACAAUGUUAAUCAUCAUCUUAAUCCAAGUUUUCUACAUGUUUAAAUGUCAUGCAGCUUUCUUUUUCAGUUUUCUUUUAUCAUGUCCCUACUAGUCUGUCAUAGAACAAUACUCAUAAUAAAUACUAUUAGGUAAGGACCUAAUUUACUUACAUAAAAAUGUUAAGUGUAAGAUUAGAGGUUUACAAAGAAUGUUUUAUACAUGUUUAUCUAUAAUUCAAAAAGCAACUUGGUUUCGAAGCAUAUGCCCUAGGAAACACAAACUGAAUUUUUUUUUAGUAUAGUUUCUUGUAUACUUGGAUUUGGUGGAAAAAAAAAAAAAGCAGUUCACUGUUUUUUUCUGUUUUGUUUUGCUUUGCUUUGUUUUGUUAUGUUUGAAAUGAUACCUUGACAACAGUGCCGUGUUUCAGUGGUAAAAACAUGCUGAAUAGCUAUACAGAUUCUGCAGAGUUAGAUAAUAGUGCUUAAUUUGAAACAAAUUUGUCCUGCCCUUUGACUGCUUUUUGGGAUUGCAAAGAUUAGAGAACUUUCUGAGUAAUUUCUGGUUUUAUAAUUUAUUUGCUUCACAUGAACUCACCUGCCUAUUCAAUUUGAAGUGUUCAUGGGGCACAACCACAAGGCAUUUUACUAUCUGUAUAUAGUGCAUAUAAUAAAUUCAAUUAAACAUUAUUUGAUACAUAUUCAAACUUUUGGGCAGUAACUAAGUCAUUCACAAGUAAGCAUUUUCUAAUGUCCAUUAUAUCCCUUUAGAUAUGACUCAAAUCAGUAUUCCGAGUAGAUAACAUGUAUUAGUAUUUUUUGUCUGUAUGUCCUAGCACUGUUCAGCAGCAAACUUUUCUAGUUCUUGUUAAUUUUUUUCUUUGUUAUACAAUGGAAGCACAAUGUUAUAUGGAAGGUAGUUUUAAGCUAACAACCAGUGCACAGCCUCAGGUUUUAAAUUACAACCACAUUUGAUUACUAUCCUUAAAAAUAAUACUAUUGAGUUGCUAAAAUUCUUGAUUUUUAAUUUGGCAGUUCCAGAGCUGCUUCUCUAUGUUGGUUUGCCAAAAAAUAGAAAAAAAAGAAAAAAAAAGAA